ACCGACGCUGACCCCGCGGCCCGGAAGCAGUAAGUCCGAGAAUCGCUUGAUUAUUUUUUCCUGAGUUUGUAUGGAAAGGAGACAAGAAAAACAGGGCGUAAUUCUACAGUCUUUUGAUUAGAAGGAGGCAACCAUGACAUCCAAGAGGUCUAUCAGUGAGACUUCGUCGUCGCCUAAUCAGGGAGCCUCCAGUAGCGCAGGGGAGCCUCCUUCCAAAAAGGUCUAUGUAGAACCCUACAGCAUAGGAGCCGUUUCCUCACAGGAGGAAAUGGACAUCAAGGUGUUGAGGUUUCAGAACAAGAAAUUGGUGGAGCGACUUGACAUCAGGAGUGUUCUGGAGAAUGACCUAAGAGGACAGAUUGAACGUCUUCACUCAAGACAGAACACAGAUGAAUAUGUACUGGGAUUGAUGAAUCAGUACUGGACACAGCUUGAAGAAGAUCUAAGAAUCUUGCUUGAGAGGUUCAGGGUCCCUGUCACCGAGACCAAGCCAGCCGUAGUAAGCUUUCCACCCAUCGUCAGCUUCCCACCCAUCAAACCAGACCCUGAACCAUCACCAGAAAUCAAGACAGAACCACCUAAUAUCAAGCAGGAGGUCAAACAAGAGCCUGGGUCAGAGGUCAAAGUUGAACCUGUGGAGGUCAAGGGUCAUGGGUCAGAUUAUAGGAUGGAAGGAUCAGAUGAUUCCCAGGAGAGGCUAUACAUGGAUUCAGAUAGUAAAGAUAGCAUUAAGGAUGAAAAGAAAGCCAAUGAGGAGAUGACAUCAUUCCUUGCCAUGAUGUCGAGCUGUGAUCAGACUGAGAUCGAUCUCAGACUCAAGGAGCGCUGCAAGUUUUCCAAGGAAGCCGUCUCGAGGCUACUCAGGUCGUUUGAUGACCUCAAGAGCAGGCAGGAAACAUUUGUGAAAGACAUGGCAGUAACAGAGUCUGAGCAAGGACUGAAGGUAGUAAAUGAUCAGCUGUAUGAAGAAAACAAGAGAUUGACAGACAUGAUGGCAUCUGUGCAGGAAAAACACAGAGAAACUACUUUGAAGUACACUGGAUACAGUGACAAGCUGGUCUCGGUGGAAACCAAACUAGCUGAAGCUCACAACCAAGUGGAUGACCUUCAGUAUGAUCUCAACCGAGCCAAGCAAAGAGUCUUCAAACUAGAACUUCUACUGGAAGAGAGCUACACCAAGCUCAAAACGGCAACAUUCAUCGGAGGGUCUGGCGACGGAUCGGGUGGACUGGCUUCAAAACAGCUUCAGAGUAUAGUGAACGAUCUUGAGGAGAACAAGGACUUGGCUUCAAGUCGUCUGAAUGACCUGGAGAAGCUCCAAGAAAAAUAUCAAGAUGUCGUCAAAGAGUUAGAGCAGUCAAAGAUGAAUGUUAAGCUGUUACCUGAGCAUGUGAUUAAGGAUACAGCGACGUACAAAUGUCUUCAGUCUCAGUUCUCAGUUCUAUAUAAGGAAGCCCAGGAGAUGAAAUCGCAGACGGAAGAUGCUAGGGCGUUAUUACAACAGACCAAGAAGACACAUCUCAGACAGAUUGAACAGAUGGAGAGUGAUGAGCUUGCCUGUCAGAAGAAGUUGCGUACAGAGGUGAUGCAGCUAGAAGAUAACCUAGCCCAGGUCCAGAAGGAAUAUGAGAUGCUGAGGAUAGAGUUUGAGCAGAAUCUAGCUGCUAAUGAACAAGCAGGUCCAAUCAACCGUGAGCUUCGUCACCUUGUGUCCAGUUAUCAGAGUCAUAAUGCCCAACUCAAAGGAGAGAUCAGCCGCUACAGGAGGAAACUCAAGGAGGCACAGGUGGAAAUAGCAAAGUUGAAAACAGAAGUAGAGAAACAUGCUCAAAUUAGCAACAGUAGCACACACCUAGGUGGAUCGGCAAGUUCGUCGCUGGGAUCUUCCUCGGGGAGUGGGAGCGGUAGUAAUAACAGCAACAACAAAGAUGCCAAUUCAGAGCAUAAGGAGGGUGCGCACGAUCAGCCAAAGCGUGAUGACCACUCCCACCACCACCAUCACCACCAUGUGGAUGAGAGGAAGGAUAAAGAUAGAGGGAGGGAGGAUAGAGGGAAGGAUGGAAUGAAGAAUGAGACAGAACUGGUGAAAGAGCUAAGAGCAUCUUUGAAGAAAGCCCAGGAGAGUCAGAAAGAACUCAAGUUGCUGCUAGAUAUGUACAAGGGCCUGGCAAAAGAGCAGAGAGAAAAGGCACAGAUAAUGUCCAAUGAGCGGAAGGCAAGAAUGGAGAUCGACGAGCUCCAGAAGAGAAUACGCCACCUAGAGGAGAGGGAGAGACAGGAGAGUAGAAAGAUGGCCGACGAUGACGCCAUGAGAAAGAUACGAGCCCUUGAAGAAGGCAUCCACCAGCUUCAAAAGAAACUUGCCGAAAAGAAACAGGAAGAGGAGGCUCUAUUAUCUGAAAUGGAUGUAACGGGCCAAGCGUUUGAAGACAUGCAGGAGAUGAACACAAGACUCUUACAACAACUCAGAGAGAAGGAUGAUGCCAAUUUCAAACUCAUGUCAGAGAGGAUAAAAUCGAAUCAGAUUCACAAGCUGUUGCGAGAGGAGAAGGAUGUUCUAGCAGAUCAGGUGGGGACGUUACAGACCCAGGUCGAUGCCCAGAACCAGGUGGUGAGGAAGCUCGAGGAGAAGGAGAGGAUUCUACAGACUACGCUGAGUACCGUGGAGAAAGAGCUUACCCUUAGACAGCAAGCUAUGGAUAUGCAUAAAAGAAAGGCCAUGGAUAUUGCUCAACAAGCAGCAGACUUAAAACUGAAGUUGGACAAGAUAGAUGGAACUACUGAAGAGCUUCAGAGGCUUGUCAAAGAGAAAUCAUCAGCAGUAGAGCAGGAGAAUCAUAAAUUUAGGAGAGCACAGGAGGAAUGCGUGAGCUUAAAACGAAAGGUUGAGAGGUACAAAAGAAUGGAAUUAGCGAGCAGCGCUGAUGAGGUCUUAGCGGAAGAAGUCAGAUCAUUGAAGGAACAACUGACAUGUCCAUGCUGUAAGAAAGGUCGCAAAGACGUGGUCCUCACAAAGUGCUUUCAUGUCUUCUGCUUCAACUGUAUCAAGACGAGAUACGAGACCAGACAGAGAAAGUGUCCAAAGUGCAAUGCUGGAUUUGGAGCCAACGACUACCAUCGAAUAUGGUUGGACUGAGGACCUUCCAAAGUGGUUGAACUUUGCGCGCAGAAUGGUGAUGUAGUCCAGAGACAGAGAGCGUGAGGCAAACUUCGUUUAAGUUACAGUCUUGUAGCAUUUUGUCUCGGGGGGUCGAGUUUGAGGUUCGACGGCAACACCGCACGUGGACAUUCAUUCAAACAGUAACGGCAAUUGAAAGAUUGGAAUAUAUUAGUUUUGUACGAGGUGUUAGCUGAAAUAUGGAGUUUGAUUAUGUUGAUUCGAUGACCUGAUGUUCUUCACGGCUGUGAUUGUAUGGAGAAAGGAAAGUAACCUGGUGAGCCUCAUAUCCGAAUGUCUCCUGUUAUGUUGAGAACAUAACGCCUGAUUUGUCUCUGUUUAUGAUGCUGUGAUGUCAAGCUGCUUGUAUAAUACAAUACGCUUCUUGAUUAAGAGAGACAUUGACCUUUCACCCCGAUGUAUCUAAUGACCAUGCCAUGCUCCAUUGUCGUCUUGCAUGCUUGUAUCCAAUACAUAGUCACCACAUCAUGUCCAUUUCGUAAUAGCUCAAUUACUCUCUCUAUGCUAGUAAUGACAAAUCGACUCUUUGCAAAGGUAAUUAGUACAUUCCAUCGGUUGAGGUGAUAUCAUUUUACUCUUUAUGGGAAGAAUUGGCACUGUCUAGUAUUUAGUUCACUCGAUUUGAUAUUCCCUGGUAUUCCCAAUUAUCGAAUUUGGUUAUAUUUUUUCACUGUCAUCUAAAAUAUAGUCGAGUUAGCUGAUGGCAAAGCCAAGAUUCCUUUGUACAUACACACCAAAGACGAGUAUUAAUCAUGACUCCUGUACAUCAUUAAGUGGUACUGUAUUGUAUUCUAUAGCAGGUCAUGUUUAAUACAGAACCCUACCUGUUUCAGACCAUGUAUCUUUUAAGUGUACUGUGCACUAACUCUUGUAAGUUCAACCAUUCCAUCAUCUCAUGAAGAAGAAAAAAAUCUGAGUCAUUGAAAUUGUCCUCAUCAUUACCAUGCACCUAGUAUAACUUUUAUCUGCUGUAAACUCUGGAUUUUCAUUAGCUUUACUUUUUCAUUUUUCAAUGUGGAGAACAUUUUUGAUAUUCACACUUUUAUUUUAGUUUGGAAUACUGUGGCUUCAAAAUCAUUUUAAUUUUUUUAAUGUUCUUAACUGAUUUUAUUUAUGUAGAUUUGCAGCAAAGCGUAUAGUUAUCAGGGUGCUCCAAUUAAUCAGCCACGUUUGUGUCGUAUCUUUACAAAGGAAUACAUAUUAUCAUUCAUUAUGAUACUUAUUCAUUCUCCAGUCCGUAACAUACAUGUAUUUCCUCAAAAAUAUAUUUCUCCUAGUAAUGAUGUACCUUUUUGUUGUAUUAUAUUCUUACUGCCUUUUCAAAACAGGAAGUUAGGUCUGUAUGUUUUUAGAGAACAAAACAAAAUGGCUAUUUGUUUGAAAAGAAAAAAAAAUAUCGCUUUCAGUUUUAGAAAUUGUUUUCAAGUUUCCACAAGAAGUUUCUAUUUGUGUAUGGAUAUUUUGGUGAGCCUGAUCACCUUGUCACUCCAAGUGGCUUCUACAUAACGAAAAAUUGCAUUCAAGUUAUGUUUAAAAAAACUGUAUGAUAUGAUGUAAUAUGAAAUCUUGUUAUCUGAAAAUAGUGUUUGUAAAUAGAGUUGUAUAUGUAUAUAUGAUUAGGGAAUGGGAGGAGAGUGAUUGGCAUAUGUUAGUGGUGUUACAUAAAUCAGCUUUACUGAAUGAAAUAAGGGACAACAACAAAAAGGGAGAAAAUAAACAAGGACUCUGAGAAAUUAAGCUCUGCAAAGCUGGCGAGGAUCAAUGACCACAAAAAAGCAAUCUAAAUAAUAUCAUGUAAGUAGAAAAGUCCCAAACAAUUUUUUUCUUCUUCCUCUAUAAAAUUUGAUUGACCUUAAUCGGUCUAGCACAACUUCUGACAACUGAGUACAUGCAAAUACUUGGAAAACAAUGAAUAAUGCACAGUGAAGAUAGUGCACUCAUCGUUCAUUGCGUGGUAGUGUGUACAAAAGUAUUAGAAAAAUCCUAGGCCAACCUGCCGUUGAUAUAUAUUUUUGUAACAAUGCUUUGGAUGUAUUAAUUUCAUAUGUUUGCCAUUUGGAAGGAUCUUUUAAUUACAUGACUGAUGAUUCAUGGAUUAUGAAGAUAAUUGAACCAAUAGCAUAUUUUACCCCCCCCCCC